AUGAAACUGUUACAAAUUAUUCGACAAGAUAUUGAUUUCAACGGAAGAAGAGAAUCUCUGAGACGAGACUUACAUUCACGGUACAUGUUCACUUGGAUCAUUCUAAACGCUGGUGGAGAAAAUGGCUUUGUACCAAAUUGUUGUCUGGUGUACAGGUCUACAAGUAUAUCUGCUGACUACUACCACAAUAUGAAUAAAGACAAUUUUACAAAAUGGGUGACAGUGAAGCUAAUUCCAAAUCUAUCAAGACCAAAAUAA